UCCUGAGGAGAGAAUCAAGAUUGGGCCAUUCUCUUUAGUGUUUGCCUUGUCUACCUACUGUUCACCUCCUCAACGCCAGCGUUUUCAUACAAAAUUCACACAGAAAAUUCCCUUGGGGCUGGGUAGAAACACUAGCAAGCGCUUCUUCAGCAACCUAAUCAAUGGAGUAACUAAGAAGUGACCUCAAGGAGCAACGAGGCAGAGCUUUACCGUCAGAUCUCCUCAAUCAACAGUUCCCUACCAUUGGCAUUCACCAUUACUGCACUGCAAAGUUGUUACCUUGACCUCAGCCUACUGUUGACCAAGCCAAACCAGCAAGGAUGUCCCAGCUCCAGUUUCAGUGUCCAGGUAGCCCCAUGCCCGCCGCUUCAGCCCCACUGCAGCUGGGGCAGCCACAGCCUGGCUACAGCAUCCCCUGUGCCUCAGGCACUCUCCCCUCAGAAAGCGCGAGCCAGCCCGUCAGGAGCUCCUCUCUCCCCGCGGGCUCAGCCACUCCCUUCAGUCCCCCCACAGUAUCUAACAUGGCAAACCCUAAAGAGAAGACACCCAUGUGUUUGGUGAAUGAGUUAGCCCGUUUCAACAAGAUCCAACCUGAGUAUAAGCUACUGUGUGAGCAAGGACCAGCUCACUCCAAGAUUUUUUCAGUAAGACUCACGCUGGGAGAUCAACAUUGGGAGGCAGAGGGGACCAGCAUCAAGAAAGCCCAGCAUUCCGCUGCUGCAUCCGCCCUUGCCGAGACUACGCUGCCCAAACCCACCGUGAGGACACCUCGCAACACAGGCAAGACCCCAGCAGAUUGCAUGACACACACCAUGGAGCUAAAUGCACUAUGCAUGAAGCUUGGUAAGAAGCCCAUGUAUAAACCCAUCGACCCAUAUCCGGGGGUGAGAUCACCAAACUUCAACUACAACAUCCGGGGUCCUGGGCCUUACCAACGCUCUAUGCAACAGUACUACUACCCAUUUCCUCCAGUGGGACCAAUGUUGUACCACAUGGAGCUGUCCAUCGGAGGCCAGCAGUUCCAUGGGAAGGGACGCACGCGGCAGUUAGCCAAGCACGAUGCUGCUGCCAAGGCCCUGAAAGUGCUGCAGAAGGAGCCGAUAUUGCAGCAGCUGCCAGUGAUGAAUGGAGAGCCUGAGGAGGAGAACCUCAACAAAUCAGAAAUCAGCCAAGUGUUUGAAAUUGCGCUCAAACGGAACUUACCUGUUAACUUUGAGGUUUUGAAGGAAGCAGGUCCCCCACACAUGAAGAGUUUUGUAGUGCGAGUGACAGUAGGGGAGUUCACUGGAGAGGGUGAAGGGAAGAGUAAAAAGAUUGCCAAGAAGCUGGCUGCAGCAGCGGUGCUGGAGGAGUUGAAGAGGCUACCCCAUAUACCUACUGUGGAAAAGAUGCUGCCACGCAUCAAAAAGAAAACCAAAUCCAUCAUCAAGCUACAGACCAGCCCAGAAUAUGGUCAAGGUAUGAACCCGAUCAGCCGCCUGGCUCAGAUCCAGCAGGCCAAGAAGGAGAAAGAGCCAGAGUAUAGUAUGGUGACAGAGAGGGGUCUGCCGCGCCGUAGGGAGUUUGUCAUGCAGGUGACAGUGUGUGGCCAGUGUGCAGAGGGCAUGGGACCUAGCAAGAAGGUGGCCAAGAGGAAUGCAGCAGAGAAAAUGUUGGAGCUCUUGGGAUAUAAAGUGCCUCAGCCUCAGCCCCCAAAACCGGCACUCAAAACUGAUGAGAAGGCCCCAGUGAAAAAACCUGGAGAUGGGCGCAAAGUGACCUUUUUUGAACCUGGUACUGUAGAGGAGGUGGCAUUGGGCCCUAAGGAGGAGGACUUCCGUCUGCCUUACCUCAGCCACCAGCAACUCCCUGCAGGUAUCCUGCCCAUGGUGCCUGAGGUGGCCCAAGCAGUCGGGGCCUGCCAGGGACCCCAGACCACAGACUACAGUCGGACUAUUCCCAACCCAGGCAAGGCCACAAUCACUGCCAUGAUUGCCAAUGAGCUGCUUUACGCAGGGACUUCCCUGACUGCUGAGACCAUCCUAAAGAAUAAAAAUAGCCUGGGUCAACUACCACAUGGACCCCUCACCAGGCCGUCUGAGCAGCUCAGCUAUCUGGCCUCUGUGCAGGGCCUACAGGUGGAGUACAAAGAUUUCCCCAAAAACAAUAAGAAUGAGUUUGUUUCACUGAUUAACUGCUCCUCCCAGCCGCCUCUCAUUAGUCAUGGGAUCGGGAAGGAUGUAGAGUCCUGUCAUGAUAUGGCUGCGCUGAAUAUACUGAAGUUACUCUCAGAGUUGGACCAGCAGCCCAGCGAAAGGACGGGAAAUGGACCAAUCUCUGGGUGUGGCAAGCAGGAUAUAGAAGGUGACUCAAUCCUCAAACCGGCUAACUCAAGCACCUUGCCACAGACUCUGGAUGGCACUGUUUAGAUGCACAGGUUUGGUUGUCUGAAAAAGCACUAGAGAAAACUCAGACGCUGUGUUCAUAGGCUGUUUUAGAAGGCUACAGGAAGCUAUGGGCACUGUAGACUCUAAACCAUCACUGUUCAUUGUUAAAAAUGUUAACAGUUAAACAAGAUUGAUAGAAAAAAAUGUUUUAUUUUCCUUGAUGUUGUUUAAUUGUAUACAUUAUUUAUUCUUUUGUUGCUUUGUAGUAAAAGUAGCUGCAUCCUAGUCAGACAGGGGUUUGCUUUACUGAAAUAGAAUGAAAAGAACUGUGAAACGUUUUGUUUUGCCUAGAACUUAACUAGACUUGCUUUUUGUUUUUAAGUGUUUUAUGUUUUAAUCCCUGUUGAGGUGGGUUAUUAAAGUAGAUGUUGUGAAGGUUUCAACCCCAUCAAAGUCUAGGGUGCAGCUUGUGAACCACUGUUGAUUUUCCUAGAGUGCUUUAUAUCAACAACCACAAGUGAAGUGUUAUCUACAUUACCAUGUAGGGCUGGGAAAGUUUUGUGACUAAAUGUAGCUGUAUCUAAUGUGAUAUUGUCCCCACUGUGUGUGGCGGGGCAGUGUUAAGUCUGUUGUUGCAUAUGGUCUUGUUCACCUGUUGCAUCAGUUUCCUUGACGCCCCCUCUGCCCCCUCUCCCAUCCUUAUGUCAAACCCCCGCCCCAACCCCGCACACAUGGAAAAAUAAACCUGUGUGCUGUCAUGCACAAAAGA